AUGAAUGGUAAUCCAAUAACGACAUCCGGAUCUGCUCAAAACGUGCCGCAGAAUCUACAAAAUGCAAACGUUCCGUCAUCCAAUCAACACAACAACAAUCCCGCGUCUUCCAAUGGAACGGUAACGCCAGCUUCCACGGCUACAAAUACGACAACUGUGCCGUCUGGUCAACAAUCAAAUCAGUCACAAAACCAACAGCAUCAUCAAAAACCAACGAACACGUCUUCCUCCCAGCAAACGAAUUCUUCGAAACAACCUAUGAAAAAAACUCAACAGGGUGAAGUAGAGAAGAUAAGCAAUUCUGGCGGUGGGUCACAAGGGAAUCAAGGCAACGUCGGUUUCAGAAGUAGUGCGAAUAAAGAUCAGAAAGCGAAAGAGAAGGAGAAAGAAAAAAGUUACCAAAGUCGACAAGGCAACCAGUCCAACAACCAUCAUCACAAUCCGAAUCAUUUCACAGGAGGCGGUGGAGGCGGGAACCCGCAAAACCAUCGGAAAAAGGACAACAAGAAUCGGGAUCACUCGAACCAAAGCCAUCGAGGAGGUGCAUUUUCAAACAACUACACUAACCACAAUCAGCAGUCUCAUGGUUAUUCAGCCGAUACUGGAAAGUCAGCAAGAUUCCCAUCAAAUUCUUCCUUAUCUUCUUCUGGAACCACGCCCACUCUUACUGUAGCUCCAACGCCCACACCUACUUCGCCUUCAACUACACCGGUUGUGCAAACUCCUGCAAAAGUUGCUCCUGCUGCUGCUACUGCCGUUUCCCCAGUUAUCACACAUGAGUCGAAAACAGUGCAAACAGAUUAUGUCGUCGUUGAGGAAAAAGAAAUGCCGCAAGUUGCCAAAAAAGAUGAAGAUUUGUGUCCAUACAAGAACACAAAAAUCAAGGAAAUGGAUACAGUAAUAGCGUUUCAAGAGCAUGAUGAAUGGAAUAAAGUUGAGUUGAUGUGUGAAUUGAUCUCAUACCUUUCGCCAAGCGACCUCCGUCUUCUCUCAAAUUGCAUUGAUGGGCUGACUCGUCCGUAUGUGAUGCAAAUGAAACCGAUAGAAAAAACGGCAAACGGUGUGGAUCCACUCGGCGGUUUUCCACCAUUCAUCUGUGCUCCGAUUCCUGUACUACCGUCAACCUUUUCGCCAGCUAGUUCUGAAUCUGUUAUUUGCAAUCAAAGAAACAUGGUCAACAACUUAUUUUCCUAUCAGCAGCAUCCACCUGGAAUACCGCCUCCGCUUAUGCCGACUGUAGUAUUCCCAGUUGAUGAAGCAGUGCAGCAUCCGUCAUCAUCUACUCCUUUGAAUCCACCAACGUCAAGGGAAACUGGAAGCGGGACUAAAUCAACAAGCAGCACACCGAUUGAUAUCAGCAAUCAACCUGAUGGUCAGCAACAAGAUUCUGAAUCUGGGUCCAACAAAGGUAUCGGUGGUUCUGUUUCUGCUGACCUUUCGGUUUCAAAAACAACUCCGGAACUAGAAACGAAUCAUAAUCCUGCUCCGAAUCUCGUACAGUCAAAUUCAUCUUCUGCUAAACAGACUGGUCCACAAAUUCCAGAGGAAUCUGAAAAGUUUUUCAGUAAUGUCAAAGACAUUGCAAGCUAUUUGUAUUUAUUGAUCUCUGUGUGUGCUUCAACGAAUAGAAGAUCAGCAGCUAAGCUUUCGGACUAUGCAAGUAAUGUUCUCAUUCGAGAAAAGUCUCAGAUCUUCGAACGCAUUCCAAAUGAGCUUGACCAAAUUGAACUUCUUGAAGAGAUUGGAAAAACAGUAGUAGCUCUGAUUCAUCACCCCGCUGUAACUCUCGAUGAUAAAAUUAAAUACAUAGAUAUUCGAGACAGUUUACGAACGGAACACGAAAACCUGUUCCGAAUGUACUACUCGCCUGAAAAAGUAGCCGAACGGAAGCGACAAGCUGGCAUUUUGGAAGGAGGAGUCGGGGAAUUGGAUGAUGGAGAAGGUUCGGACGACGGAGAUAAUGAAGAUGUCGAGCGGAGGUUUGAUGUAAACGAACCAUUCUAUCCCUCUUCUGGAUAUCAACAACCAAAACCAUCUUCAGCUCCUGGGACAUUCUUUAUUACUAGGUUCAUCGGACGACAGAUUGAGAAAAAUGAGAAUAUGUUCAGUAUAGAAAUUCAUUGGAGUGAUGGGGAUCGAACUUUUGCUCAAAGAUCAAGAGAACAGAUUAAAGGACUUCAACAUCGGCUUCUUGACGAAUUUGGACAGCAACGAAGUGAAAAGUAUACUCAUCACGGAAUGAAUUCUUCGUUUUCUUCAUUUGAUGAGGAUCAUAAGAAGUUGUCCACGAGUACUUCAACGAUGGAAACGACAUUUGCUCUAUCUGGUGACCGCAUUGUUCCUCGUCUGCCUCGUGAAGCCACACCUGCUCAACACGUUCAGUAUAUAAACGAAUUGUCAGAUCUUCCAGCUCGCAUGAUGCUGUCAAGAGUGAUGUGUGAAGAGUUCAACGGAACGAGAGCUCGUACAGACGAUGAGGCCAACGAACUAUCGGAUGGAUUGAUAUUCUCUCGAUGGAAGAAUCCACGUGCCAAAUGUCCACAAAGCUUCUACAAUCGAGACGAGAGUGGAAAUAUUAAUCCUCAGCCAUAUCCUAAAACCAUCCAUCCCUUCUUGCAUUCCAAUAUACCACAAACACAGUCACAGAUCUUGCUUCCAAGUUGUUCCAACUGCGGAGGGCAACAUCUGAUGAAAAAUUGUGAAAAGGCAACACUUCUGGAAAGAAAGGCUUUAGCAGAACACAAAAUGCGUUACGAAGCCGAAGGAGGACCAAUGUCUGCAGCUAUGUCAGCAUCUACUCAAGCACCGGGUGGAAUGGUCCCUGUUUACGCUCAAAUGCAUCCCCAAAUGCAUCAUCCUGUGUUUAUUGAUAAUCAAGCGAUGAUGAAUGCCAAUCAUUUCACCCAUCAUCAACACCAACAAAUGAUUCAAAGCAACAUGUACUUAAACGGUCAAUAUCGGCCAAAUGGACAAUUUGCUGAAUCACCAAUGGCAAUGUUCUAUUCUCCUCCACCUCAGGUUGUUUCAAAUUGUGGCAAUUCGAGUGGUAACAACAGUAACAACGGAAACAAUGGAGGAGGAGUCAAUCAAAACAGCAAUUUCUCAUAG